AUGAGGUUCACCAAUCCUAAGUUAUUGGCCGUGUUCACAGCACUUCCCUUGUUGGCCAGAAGUUUCUCCAUCACAGAAACAACCAGUGGUGCUACAGUGGCCGCCGCUAUCUUCGAUGGACCAGGCCUUAACGUCCUGAAUGUGAUAUCGCUCGGUGAAUCAAGCAUGGGAACAUUCGCGGAUGGACCGUUCGGUCUGGGGAGUGGAGGUAUACUGACUAGUGGAACGGCUACAGGAGCCUACAUCUCAGGGGAUCGAAACGUCGAUAAUGGUGUUGCAGGUUAUGAUUACGUUUGUGCCCCAAAUACCCAGAACGUCAACGCUUUACAAGUUCAGGUGGGACUUGAGCCUGGAUAUAAUGGAGUCCGUAUAGAAUUCGUAUUUGCUACACAAGAAGCCCUAAGUACACUGGCCAAUAUGGAUGCUAUAUCUAUCCUUGAUGUGACCAAUGGCCCCCCGCUUCACUUUGUGGUCUUGGUGAUAUCCGUCUGUGACGUCGGAGAUGCACUUAAUGACUCUGGUUUCCUUCUUCGAGCCGAGGGUUGCGUUGACUGUGGUUAUGGGUCUGACGAAGUUAAGAUCAACUAUGUUUACACAACAUCGACACUCCCCCCUGGAGAACAGCCUUUCACUUCUACUAUCUCUGCGUCCGGCACUGCAUCUGGUACUUUUAUUGUUUUCGUAGAGCCUACCGGAGUUACGACUACUACAAGUGAUGCUACCACGACUACAACUGCCGAGGAGACAACAACUACCGGCGAGACAACUACGACUACUGAUGAAUUGACGACCUUAACCACUGCUGAACCAAAAACUACGACAAAGGAUGAUUCCACGACUACAACUCCUACAACAACCGCUGUUGAUGAGCUCACCACAACGGAGCUAGUCUCAACAACUGAACAGACAACCUCGGUAUCCUUUGAGAGUACCGCCACCACGGCUGAUGUCACAUCUGAGUCGGUUUCCACCACACUGGAAAUAACCACUACGGAAAAGUCUAUGACUAGCAUCAGUAGCGAGUUGGAAACACUCACGACUGACGAAGUGUCGAGUUCCACGGACGAAAGCACAUCAUCUACACCAGCUGAGUCCCGAACAACUACUGAUGCUUCGCCAAUUCUCAGCACAGCAAGUGAGGCUGCAUCUACCAGCGUUGAUCAAGGGCCUGUUCUUGCUUCAGACACAACAACCAGCGAAUCCAUAGUCCCGACUACAGAUGCACUGUCUGAGUCUACUACGUCAAUCACGUCUGAGUCUAGCUCUGUCACCGCCGCGGUGUCUAGCGAGUCUACGGCCUCCUCAAUUGUUAGCACCGGUCUCCCUUCACCUUCCUCCGAAAGUACCUCUUUUGCAGACACUUCGACUUCGACCUCACAGGUAGUCCCAGAGACCACAUUUACUCCAGUUGAACCAGUGACAUCCAGUUCUCCAGAAAUUUCAACAACCUCAUCAUCCGAUGCUCCUCCAGCAACAUCCUCCCCUGCUGAUGGCCCUUCAAACAUCGAUACCAUUCGUGGGUACACCUACAAGGGCUGUCUUGGAUCCGCGGAUGGUUACCCAAGCUUCAACCUUAUAGGCUCUGGUGCAAACAUGACCACUUCGAGCUGUGUCACCUUGGCCAGGGGCCGGGCCUACGUGGGAAUCUAUGACCGAUCCUGUUAUGCUUCAGACUCCCUUGAUUCAACUAGCUUGGUGUUGAGCGGCCGAUGUGACAUUCCCUGUCCAGGUGAUAGCAGCCAUUUCUGUGGUGGUCUGGUUGUAUCCUCUUCCGAGCGUCGCUGGGCUGGCCCACGCAAAGCGCUUGAUAAGCGAGCUGCACCAGCCAAUAUCCUAUUGACCUUGUACGCUCUGGAUAACGAGCCUCGUGCACCCAGUGAGACAAGCACGGAGGCAGAGGUACCAGCUACCACGCAAGAUGGAGUUACAGUCAUUCCCACAGAUGUCAUUUCCUCCCGACAAAUUGUCACUGCCACUGAUAUUGUAACUGAAUCGCUUAUCCUCCAACCGGUUGAGACUGUAAUCGACUCUGUUGCACAGCCAGGACAGACGCUGGUUGAAACCACGGUUACUACCGUCACUUAUACCAUCGUCGACCCAAACAACCCUUCGACCCUGACUGUCACCGAAUACUGCGCUACUCUGUCUUAUGAGCCUUGCAGCCGUUGUGUAUACCCUCCCAUUCCUACUGUGGAGAUGACCACGUACGUUAUGCCUUGCAAGUCUUGCGGAUAUCAUGACCAAAACCGAGUCACAAUCACUGCGCCAUGCGCUGCCGUUACAGAGCCAGCCAGAAAUGAUGCUUAUGGAUCACAAGACUUGGUCGGGGAUUUUGCUCCGACCCGAGCUGCAUAUCAGGUGGUACCGGGACCUGUUAGAACAGUCACUACAGCACUCAGACAAGCCAAGCCUACCGCUGGUGCUGAAUCUAGCACCAUACCCUACCAGCAUCAAAAAGAUGACAGGGAGGAUACGUACCCUGGCGCUGGACAUGCACAGCCCCAUGCAGUAUCUUCACUGUCUUCUUCUGGAGCCAGCGGUAAUGGCACCGCAGUGCCGGGAGUUGUAGUUGCGGAAGCUGGGCGCUACGAACGGGGCAUUCUAGGCUUCCUUACGAUGGCCUUCAUUGCCAUGCGCGUUCUUUUGUAG